ACGACGACGACGACGACAACGACGUUAUAUAUUAGCAGUCGAGGCACCGUCGGCGCGCAGUUCCAGAGUGGUAGUCCUUACUCGUCAGCCGCCCGAGACGGACGUGCAGACAGCCAAAGAAAACGAGAAAAAAGAAAAUUACAGUUGACACGCGGCGCAAAUUAGAAUAUCGAUUGCCAAGCGUUUGAAUUCGUUCGAUAAUACACAACGCUGACACGCUCUCUCUGCAUUUCGGCUGCGGUGCAACGAGUAGUUGAAAGUGACAAUAUAAAAAAUACUCUCUAUCUCAUCGUACAUCGUAGUGUAACUUUUUUUACAACAUUUGCUAUUUAUAUAUAAGAAAAUAUUCAGUCGACGAGAGAUACAGUUUUUCUAACGUACAACUGCCAACGACAACGAUCACACACGUCAACGAAGAUUUUCCCUCCGAUAUCGGCCGUUACAAGAAAGUUUAUUUGUCCACGAAACUUUUUUGACGCUCCGUUCGAAGAGAAGCAAAAAUCUUGACUCCGAUUCCCGGCACUAAGCAAAGCACACGCAGAGGAUCGCUUGAUUCGUUACAUAUAAUUCUCUUGUAUACGCGACACAGCAACAACAAAAAAACAAACCAAGAUGCCCGCUAGAUCGACCACCAGUGGUUCAAUGAUGCCGGAGCCGCCGCGCAACGGCGUCGCUCAGCAACAACGGCACGGCGCCCAAAUGGCCGGCGGACGGCCCGCCUUCCAGCUCGACGACGAGAUCGUCGUGUCGGGCUUCUCGGGCCGCCUGCCCGAGUCCUCGUCGAUCGAGGAGUUCAAGGACCAGCUGUUCGCCGGCGUCGAUCUGGUCACCGACGACGAGCGCCGCUGGCCCUCGGGCAUACACGGCCUGCCCGCGCGCACCGGCAAACUGAAGGAUCUCGCGUCGUUCGACGCCACGUUCUUCGGCGUGCACGCCAAGCAAGCCAACGUGAUGGAUCCGCAGCUGCGCAUGCUGCUCGAGUUGACGCACGAGGCCAUCGUCGACGCCGGCCUGAAUCCGAGCGAGGUGCGCGGCACCAAGACCGGCGUGUUCGUCGGCGUGUCCGAUUCAGAGUCGGACGAGUACUGGACCUCCGAUCCCGAUAUGGUUAACGGAUACGGAUUGACCGGCUGCUGUCGCGCCAUGUUCCCCAACAGAAUCUCCUACACCUUCGACUUCUCGGGGCCGUCGUUCGCCCUCGACACGGCCUGCUCGUCGUCGCUCUACGCGAUGCAUCACGCCGUGGCGGCGAUGCGCAGCGGCCAGUGCGACUCGGCCAUCGUCGCGGGCGUCAAUCUACUUCUCAAGCCCACGAGCUCGCUCCAGUUCCACAGACUGUCGAUGCUGUCGCCGGACGGCGCCUGCAAGGCCUUCGACGCCUCGGGCAACGGCUACGUCCGCUCCGAGGCGGCCGUCGUCAUAUUCCUGCAGAAGAGCCGUAGCGCGCGCCGCGUCUACGCCACCGUGGUGAACAGCAAGUGCAACACCGACGGCCACAAGGACCAGGGCAUCACCUUCCCCAACGGCAACAUGCAGAACAGGCUGAUGCGCGAGGUGUACGCCGAGGCCGGCAUCGAUCCGCGCGACGUGGCCUACGUCGAGGCCCACGGCACCGGCACCAAGGUCGGCGAUCCGCAGGAGGUCAACUCCAUCGCCGAGCUGUUCUGCAAGGACCGCCAGGGACCCCUGCUCAUGGGCUCGGUCAAGUCUAACAUGGGCCACUCGGAGCCCGCCAGCGGUCUCUGCUCGAUCGCCAAGGUGCUCGUGGCCAUGGAGCGCGGCGUCAUACCGCAGAAUCUCCACUUCAAGAGCCCGAACCUCGACAUCCCGGCGCUGUCGGACGGCCGCAUCAAGGUCGUGAGCGAGAACACGCCCUGGGAGGGCGGCCUCGUCGGCGUCAACUCGUUCGGCUUCGGCGGCGCCAACGCCCACGUGGUGCUGCGCAGCAAUCCCAAAUCCAAGAAGACGCCGGUCAUCCAGACCGAGAGCAGCCCCGUUCCACGGGCCGUCGCUGUCUCCGGCCGCACCGAGGAGGCCGUAGCCGCUCUCCUCGACGCCGUCAAGCAGAACGAGCACGACGAAGAGUUUCUCGCUCUCGUGCACAGCAUCCACUCGAAAAACAUACCCGGCCACUCGUACCGCGGCUACGAGAUCCUGGGCUCGAUCAACGAGCGCGAGAUCAGCGAGUACCACAGCGCCGAGAAACGACCCGUCUGGUACGUCUUCUCGGGCAUGGGCAGCCAAUGGGCCGGCAUGGGCAAGGAGCUCCUCUGCAUUCCCACGUUCAAGAUCUCGAUGCUCAGGUGCGCCGCGGCGCUCAAGCCAUGCGGCGUCGAUCUCAUGGAUCUGAUAAUGAACGGCACCAACGAGACCUACGAGGACGUGCUCAACAGUUUCGUGACCAUCGCCGCCAUUCAGGUCUGCCUGUGCGACCUCCUGACGCUGUUCGGCAUCGCGCCCGACGGCAUCGUCGGCCACUCGGUCGGCGAGGUCGGCUGCGCCUACGCCGACGGCACGUUCACCGCUGAGCAAGCCGUGCUCGCGGCCUACUGGCGAGGCCACUCGCUCAAGGUCGCCGGCCUUGCGCCAAACAUGGGUAUGGCCGCCGUGGGUCUCAGCUGGGAGGAAGCCAAGAGACGCUGCCCCGCCGACGUGUUCCCAGCCUGUCACAAUUCCGCCGACUCCGUCUCCAUCUCCGGACCCCUGGCCUCGAUCGAGAAAUUCGUCGAGGAGCUCAAGGCCGAGGAUAUCUUCGCCAAGCAGGUCAAGAGCUCGGGCGUCGCCUUCCACAGCAAAUACAUCGCCUCGGCCGGCCCGACUCUGCGCAAAAAUCUCGAGAACAUCAUCCCGUAUCCGAAGAGGCGUACGGCUAGAUGGAUUUCCAGCUCCAUUCCCGAGGACAAGUGGGGCACUCCUCUGGCCGAGCUCAGCUCGCCAGCCUAUCACGUGAACAAUCUCCUGUCCCCCGUGCUGUUCCAAGAGGCUCUCGCCCACGUGCCCGACAACGCGAUCGUCAUCGAGAUCGCGCCUCACUGCCUGCUGCAGGCCAUCCUCAGGAGAUCCCUGCCCAAGACCGUGACCAACGUGGGUCUGCACAAGCGCGAUCACACCAACAACAUGGCCUUCCUCCUCGGCAACAUCGGCAAGGUCUACAACGCCGGCGGUCAGCCCCAGUUCCAGAACCUGUACCCGUUGGUCAGCUUCCCCGUGAGCUGCGGCACGCCCAUGCUCAAUUCGCUGGUCAAGUGGGACCACUCCAUCCAGUGGGACGUGGCCGAUUUCUCCGGCAAAAAUUCGCGCUCCGGCGAGAGCGUGAUCGAGAUCGAUCUGUCGAAGGACACCGACGCGGCCCUCGCCGGCCACGCCAUCGACGGUCGCGUGCUGUUCCCCGCCACGGGCUACCUCACCAUCGUCUGGCGCACGUUCGCCAAGCUGCGCGGCGUCGAGUACGAGAAGCUCCCGGUCGUCCUCGAGGACGUGCAGUUCCAGCGCGCCACCAUCAUGCCCAAGGAGGGCUCGGUGAAGUUCCUCAUCAACAUCUUCGACGGCACUGGCGACUUCGAGAUAUGCGAAGGAGGCUCCGUAGCCGUGAUCGGUAAAAUCCGCGUACCCGAGGACGUCGAGAAGGAACAGCUGGCUCUCGAGCCACCGACCGUAGCCCAAGAUCCCAGCCUCCUCGAGCUCACCACCGAGGACGCUUACAAAGAGCUUCGUCUUCGUGGCUACGACUACACCGGAAUCUUCCGCGGCAUCAAGUCGGCCGACAGUCACGCCGCCGCCGGCAAGCUCGCCUGGUCGGAGGACUGGAUCUCGUUCAUCGACACCAUGCUGCAGUUCUCCAUCCUGGCCAAGGACACGCGCGAUCUCUACCUGCCGACCAGACUGCAACAGGCCAUCAUCAAUCCGGCCAAGCAUCGCGAGCUCGUCGAGAGCCUCGGCGAGGGCGAGGGCGUGCCCUGCUACAACUAUCCCGAGAUCGGCGUCAUCAAGUCCGGCGGCAUCGAGCUGCGCGGCAUGAAGGCCUCGCUCGCCCCGAGACGCCAGCAGACCCAGGCGCCGCCCAAGCACGAGCGCUACCUCUUCGUGCCCUACGACAACGCCACGCCGCUGGUCGAGGACCCGACUCGCGCCAGACUUCACGCACUCACCGUGCUGCUGCAGGUGGUGCGCGAGAACCUGGGCGGACUGAAGCUCAAGGUCGCCGAGAUCGCUGGCGAGCGCGCCUCCGAGGCCCUCAUGGCCCCGACGGUGCUCGACGUGCUCCUCAGCGAGCCCCAGUUGAGCGUCGACCUGCAACUGGUCACCGUCGCGCCCGACAGUCACGCUCACCUGCUCGAACAGUCCGGCAUCAAGGCCAUCGUCAAGGACGCCCAGGCCGGACCCGUGGCUCAAGAUCUGCACCUGAUCCUCGCCGCCGACCUGCUGACCAACAAUCAGCUGGCCGUGCUGAAGAACGUCUCGGCCUCCAUCAAAUCGGGCGGAUACGCUCUGCUCGAGGAGACCGGCAAGACCCUGGCGUCGAUCGCGCGCAAGGGCGGCCUCGAGAUCGUCGCCCAACAGGCCAUCUUCGGCAAGAACUACGUGCUCCUGAAGAAGGUCGAGGAAACCAGCGAGCCCAUCGUCAUUCAGAUAACCGAGAAGAACUUCAUGUGGGUCGAGGGCCUGAAGAACGCCCUGAAAAAGGCCGAGACCGAGAACCACAAGGUGCUGCUGGUCUGCCAAGGCGAGGAGCUCCUCGGUCUCGUGGGUCUGAUGACCUGCGUACGCCAAGAGGCCGGCGGUCACAACGUCAGCUACGUCUUCAUUCAGGACAAGAACGCCCAGAAGUUCUCCACGCAGGAUCCGUUCUAUCAGGAGCAGCUGUCCAAGCAGCUCAUGUCCAACGUCCUCAAGGGCCAGCAGUGGGGCAGCUACAGACAUCUGAGGCUCGAUCAGCAGACCGACGUGUCGUCUCUGCACGUCGAGCACGCCUACAUCAACGCCCUGGUCAGAGGCGAUCUCAGCAGCUUGAGAUGGAUCGAAGGCCCGCUCAGCUAUUAUCGCCCAGAGGAGCAUCCCAACAAGGAAUUCUGCAGCGUCUACUAUGCACCGCUCAAUUUCCGUGACAUCAUGUUGGCCACCGGCAAGCUCAACGCCGACGCUCUGCCCGGCGACCUGGCCGGCCAGGACUGCAUCCUCGGUCUCGAAUUCUCGGGCCGCGACUCCAAGGGCAAGCGCGUCAUGGGUAUGAUCGCGGCGCGCGGUCUCGCCACCACCCUGCUGGCCGAUCCGGGCUUCACCUGGCCCGUGCCCGACAAGUGGAGCCUCGAGCAGGCCGCCACCAUUCCCGUGGUCUACGCCACGAGCUACUACGCGCUGUGCGUGCGCGGCCGCAUGCGCCCCGGCGAGAGCGUCCUCAUUCACGCCGGUAGCGGUGGCGUCGGCCAGGCCAGUAUCGCCAUCGCCCUGCACAUGGGCUGCACCGUCUUCACCACCGUCAGCUCCAAGGAGAAGCGCGACUUCCUCAAGGCCAACUUCCCGCAGCUCAAGGACUCGAACAUCGGCAACUCGCGCGACACCAGCUUCGAGCAGUUGGUGCUCACCCAGACCAAGGGUCGCGGUGUCGAUCUCGUCCUGAACUCGCUGGCCGGCGACAAGUUGCAGGCCAGCGUGCGCUGCCUCGCCAACGGCGGUCGCUUCUGCGAGAUCGGCAAGUUCGAUCUGUCGAACAACACCGCGCUGGGCAUGUCGCUGUUCCUCAAGAACACGUCGUUCCACGGCAUUCUGCUGGACGCCUUGUUCGACUCAGACGGCCCAGAGAAGCGCGAAGUCGUCAGGCUCGUGAACGAGGGUAUCGAGAACGGCGCGGUGAGACCACUACCGUCCACCGUGUUCAGCGAGCAGCAGAUCGAGCAAGGUUUCCGAUUCAUGGCCACCGGCAAGCACAUCGGCAAAGUCCUGCUUAAGAUCCGCGACGAGGAGCCGGCCAAGGUCACCCAGCCCACUCCCAAGACGAUCGCCUCGAUUCCGCGCACCUACAUGAACCCCAACAAGUCCUACGUGCUCGUCGGAGGUCUCGGUGGCUUCGGUCUCGAGCUCGCCAACUGGAUGAUCACGCGCGGAGCCCGCCACAUCGUGCUCACCUCGAGAUCGGGCGUGCGCACCGGCUAUCAAGCUCUCUGCAUCAGAAGAUGGCGCGCUCUGGGCAUCCGCAUCGACGUCUCCACCAAGGACGUGACCACCCUGGAGGGAGCCGAGCAACUUCUCGCUGCCGCCAAGCCCGUCGGUGGUAUCUUCAAUCUGGCCGCCGUGCUGCGCGACGCUCUCCUCGAGAAUCUCGACGAGAAGCAGUUCAAGACCGUGGCACUGCCCAAGGUCGACGGCACGAAGAAUCUCGAUCUCGCCUCGCGCAAACACUGCCCCGACCUCGACUACUUCGUCUGCUUCUCGUCCGUGUCCUGCGGACGCGGUAACGCCGGUCAAACCAAUUACGGCCUGGCCAACUCCGCCAUGGAGCGCAUCUGCGAGCAGAGACAGGCCCUGGGACUGCCGGGUCUCUCCAUUCAGUGGGGCGCCAUCGGCGACGUCGGCCUCAUCCUCGAGACCAUGGGCAACAACGAGACCGAGGUUGGCGGCACCCUGCCCCAACGUAUGUCCAGCUGUCUAGCCACCAUGGACGUGUUCCUACAGCAGCCGCAUCCGGUCCUCGCCUCGAUGGUGCUGGCCGACAAGAACAAAGCCGCCGACGCCGGCAGCCAGGUCGGUCUGCUCGAAGCCGUCGGUAAUAUCCUCGGCAUCAAGGACGUCAAGGCCGUGAAUCCCAACAACAGUCUGGCCGAUCUCGGCAUGGACUCGCUCAUGGGUACGGAGAUCAAGCAGACGCUCGAGAGAAAUUACGACAUCGUGCUGAGCCCACAGGAGAUCCGAGGACUGACCUUCGCGAAAUUGAAAGAAUUCGCGUCGAGCAGCGGCGAAACCUCCGACACACCAGCCGCAUCGCCAACUCACAGUGCCACAGCCGAGAACAGCCCGGACUCCCUGCUCUUCCAGUGCUCCGGCGCUGAGAUCAUUCCACGCACGUCGCUCAUCAAGCUCGAGACCCGCGGCGCCGAAGGCACCCCCGUCUUCGUCGUCUCGGCCAUCGAGGGCGUCAUCGCCUCGCUCAAGAGUCUCGCCUCCGAAAUCACACGUCCCGUCUGGGGUCUUCAGUGCACCAAGGACACGCCUCUGGACUCGAUCUCCGACUUCGCCACGCAUACCAUCAAACAGAUCAGGGACGUGCAGGCCAAGGGACCAUACACCCUCGUGGGCUACUCAUUCGGUGCGCUGGUCGCAUUCGAGAUCGCCCUGCAGCUCGAGACAGCCGGUGAACAGGUCGUGCUGACGCUCCUCGACGGCUCGCCCGAGUUCAUUACCCAGCACUGCCGCACCAUCGGCAAACAGACCGGUUCCGAUGCCGAGAACUUCGAGGUCGACGGCGUCAGAAAGGCCCUGGCUUACUUCGUGAGACAGAUGAAUCCCAAUAUCGGAUUCUUGAAGGCUUACAACAUGCUCCGAGAAACCACAAAUGACGAUGAUAUGUACAAAAAGAUGUUGGAACUCAUUGGACAGACGCCUUUCAACAAGGACGACGUGAAAGAAGCCAGUCUUCUGUUCUACAAGAAAUUGAGGGCAGCUAACUCCUACAAACCUGUGGGCAAAUAUCAAGGACAAGUAACGCUUUGCAAAGCCAAAGAUAACUUUGUCACUCUCAAUUUGGAUUAUGGAUUGUCACAGAUCUGUAACCAAACUGUGAAAAUCGAAGAAAUCUCGGGCAACCACAGAACCAUCUUGUCCGGUGAAGGCGUCAAGCAAAUAGCGGAAAUUAUUUAAGUCGUUGUAGUCAAUUAUCUAGAUUUACCAAAAGCCAGAGAUUCAAGUUAAAUUUUCGUACGUAAGACGGAAAGAUAAUGUGAUUUACUAAUGUACAAAGAUAUAUUUCUACUGGAAAAUUCUCUGCACACAACUUAUUUAUAUUAAUCAUUAUCUCGCUAUCAUUUGUUACAAAUUCAUGAUUCUUCAUCAUCAUUUAGAGUUUAAUUACUAAUAAUACUAUAUAUAAUAUUGUAAAAAGUAGAUUGAUUCAUUUUGCCAAGUUUUUUGCGCUUCAUUGUGAAUGAACGCGUUGGGAUCUUAACAAAUAUGUAAAAAAUGUAAUUAUUUAUGAAAAAACAUAGAUGAUUUGACAAUUAGCAUGUAAGAUAAGUUUAAUUAUUUUUGAUUUGUAGUGGAGUUAUUUCUCUAAUUUUUACUCUGACGGAUGUACUCUGUUAACUUAAUAAUGGAAAAAUUAAACUUUGCGACUUUUUUAUGUACAUCAGUGGACAGGUGGCCAUAAUUAAGUUGUAUAAAACAUAAAUGUAUUUGACUAUUGUUUGUGCGUUGAAAGUAUACCUUAAUAAUUGCUUAAGUAGCAGAUGCAGUUGUUGGACACAAUUUGUAAUUGAUUUUUUUACAUUAAAGAAACUGUUAUGUUAAUAAUUAGUUAAAAUAAGUCGAAGAUUUUUUUAUUACAUCUGUACAAUUGAUUUGAAAAAGUUAUGAUUUAUACAUUCGAUUAGUACAAGCUCAUUCAAAAUAAUUUUAAUUCCUAGAAAUAAGUAUAACGAAAUAUAAUGGAAUAAAAUCACUGUAAAAUUUGCAUGCUGUGCAUUUAUUCAACUUUGCAUUUAAAAAAUGCAUAAUGUUUGAUGUAUGAACACUUAUGAUAAAUAAACAAUAUAAAAAA